AUUCCGCUUGACGAGUGGGAAAGGAAACUGGCGAAGGUUGCCGUCAGCAAACAUGAUCUCAACAAACUGGUCAUGAACUACUUGGUGAUAGAAGGAUACAAAGACGCAGCGGAAAAGUUCAGUCGAGAGUCGGGACUACCUCCGGGAAUCGAUCUUACAUCAAUCGAGGACCGAAUGAACAUCCGAAACGCGAUACAGUCUGGAGAUAUCGAAAAUGCUAUUGAGAGAGUGAAUGAUUUAGACCCUGAGAUUCUCGACACAAAUCCGAAGCUGUACUUCCAUCUUCAGCAACAACAGUUAAUUGAAUUCAUCCGGAAAGGUAGAAUAGCGGAGGCGAUAGAGUUCGCUCAGGAGGAGCUGGCGCCACGAGGAGAGGACAAUCCUGAGUUUCUGGACGAACUGGAAAAGACCAUGGCGCUGCUGGCGUUCGAGGAUGCCACAAACUCGCCACUGGCAUAUCUUGUCGAUCACGCGCAACGCCAGAAAACUGCGAGCGAGCUCAACUCUGCAAUCCUCACCGCGCAAUGUCAGGAGAAAGACCCAAAGCUGCCAUCCUUACUCAAAAUGCUUGUUUGGGCUCAAAACCAAUUGGAAGAGAAGGCCGUGUUUCCCAAGAUGACGAAUCUGCUAACGGCGGAGUUAGAAGUACCGCCUGGCAAUUGA